CGAAAUUCAGGACGAGCAGACCCUUCCAGCAAUCCUAAAUAUCAUCUUAUAAGUUCAAUAGAGAGUCACAGGGCCUACAAGACGUAAUCUUGGGAUUGUUGCGGGCUUCCGGAAGCAGGAAGGGAGCUUUGACACGGAGCAGUAGGCGCGCCAGGCUAGAAAUGGGGUGUGCUCAAUGGGCACCGGCGGCGUUCCUGCUGGCCGCGCUGCUAUUGGCCGGGCAGGCGGCCGGGCAGGCCAACGCGCCCGAAGUGCCCGGAGCAGCCGGCGGCUGGCGGCAGGGGCGUGCGACAUUUUACGGGGGUCCGGAGUCCUUCCUGCAGAACUUUGACGACCGCGGACCGCCGCCAGAAUACGGAUUCGGCAGCGCUGUUUACGGGAGCUGCGGCUACACGCAACAGAAUUUCACGGAGGGCGUGACGUACGACAACGUUCCCUAUCCAAAGGACAUGCUGAUGGCGGUCGCGAAUAUCGACGCCGAUUUCCCCGGCAGCUGCGGUCGAUGCUACGAGGUCCGCUGCCGCAGCGGGUUCGUGCUUUCCAACGGGACAGAAAUCUACAACACCUCACUGGGUUAUAGCCUGCCCGCCAAGGCGCCCAAUGCCCUGGAUGACUUCGGCCGCAGGUGGCUGGGAAACCCGACGGCGAACCAGUCGCAGCAGAGCGUGCAGUGCUGGGAUGACGACGCCUCGAUCUACGUGGUUGUGACUGACAGUUGCCCCUGCAUCCAGACAGACGUCAACACCGGCGCAGUCACCGGCACGAAUCCGCCCUGCUGCGGUGACAUCUACCAUAUGGAUUUGACCUACUGGGGAUUCCAGAAGCUGGCGCACCCACUCAACGGCAUCAUCAGCACCAGCUUCAGACCAGUGGACUGCAACAGCAAGCAGCCCCUGCAGUUCAGCCCCGGAUUCAUUAAUCAGACCAUCUACGGUGACAAGGUGGAGACUGGCUGGGGCUGGUUCCCAUACAAGCACAACACCGUUACCUUCUGGUCACAGGGGUACGGGGUGGGUGGCAGCAACGCGACAUGCAUCUCCCUGGGGCCCAAGCAGGGAGGAAUCACAUUGGCGUGCCGGGAGUGCGGCAGAUCCGGGUACCAGCCGUUCAAGGGCGCUUCUGCUCUGGAGUUCUGGAUCCGUGACCAGAACGGCAGCUCCACGAUCCCCGACGUGCAGGUGGGCGCGGGAGACUAUGACAAGAAGCAGUACUGCGCGUCUGUGAAGACGGGUUCCCUCUCCCCAGUGGAGCGACAGGGGCUGUACGCCAAAUUCAGCGUCCCCCUGUCAUCAUUCUCAUGCCCCUUCGCGCAGGACCAAAUCACCCAGGUGAGCUUCCAGAAUGCGGAUGGGCAGCUGGUGUCCUUCUGCCUCGACGGUAUCCAGAUCAUAGGUGGCAGCGGCCGCGUCCAAUCUUCCUCCAUCGGACGCCACCGCAUCUGA